UGAUGAUGGUAGUGUUGAUGGAGUGAGUUGUUGUUGUUGUUGCUGUUGUGAUGUGGUGGUGAUGGACUGGGACGUUGUCGUUUGAGGCUUGCUGGUUGGAGCAUGCUGCUUGGUGCCAAGUGGAGUGUUGAUGAGGUUGAAGUUGGAAGUGGUGCUCUCCCACUGAACAGUCACCCCCGCUUUAAUGGUUAACUGGACCACUUCAAAAAACUCUGAAUACUGAAUACUGAUCGGAAUAUUCCCGAGAAUACACAAACAACCGGUUCCAUGUCAUAAACGGAAGACACCGCUUCGGUUUUGGUUGUGCUUGCCGAAGGUCGACUGCCAACGCAGAAGAAGGAAACGGUGACGAACAACUUCGGACAGUCUCAUCAUCAAGACCACCACAUUAGUCCACUUCAAUUCUGCUGGUCCUGACCAUUGCCCAACAGCAUCACCAUUCAUCAUACUCACAAGAUGGCCAACCUAACCGACUUACCAGCCGAGCUAGUCCAUCAGAUCAUCGACCACAUCCUGCUUCUUCGAGCCAACCAGCCGUAUUGUGCAACCAGUCGUCGAAUCAGUAAUGAUGAGCUCCAUCAUAAGCCGAACCACAUAAAAGGACUCAAGCCGAUCGACUCGCGGCCGCCAAGAGUACCCAUCCACCAAAAAACUGAUUUUUAUUCUCGUUGGCUUGAAAACGACUAUCAACGAGACCCAAGCUCACUCCGUCAAGUUUCCUGGCCAGAGUGUCUACCAUCUAACGUUUGUUUACCACUCUCCUUGGUCAGUCGCACAUUUCGACACUGUGCCCAAGAGAGACUGUUUAAGGACGUAGUUUUAAAGGACCGAUGGCAGGCCUACUUAUUUCACCGGUCCUUGACCUGUUGUCUCAGCCAAUCGACGCGUGCCCCGAUCGUCAAUCUCCAAGCUGGCAAGCGCAGCAUUCGGAAGGACAAGGUACCACCACUGGCCCAACAUGUUCGCACCCUACAGUUCAUGUGGACCGGGUCGUGUUCGAUGGGCAAGGGUGGCGGCUCUCUGAUCUGUGAAAUCAUUCAAAGCUGUCCAUCACUCGAGAACCUCGUGAUCAGUAAUCCACUCUUAUAUAGCUGUAAGGAGCCCAUCUACCAAGCCCUUGCUGCUAAGAAAUCGAUCAAGGAAUUCGUCAUCCUCCAGGACCCUUAUUCAAAAUCUUUCCAAUGGCGAGUCGAAGAGGUCGUUGGCCGCUUAUUCGCGCAUUGGGAUCGUCUAGAGACCGUCGACUUUCACAGGCUUUCUGGCCGACCAUCGAGCCGUGCGUUGACGAUCCCGGAGGAGCCCGCAGUUCUGGGAUCGAUUCCGAUCAUCAAUCCUAACCUCCGGACGAUGAUCUUAACCCAGCCUGAUUUAGACGAGAAGCAGUUCGAACUUCUCUUGAAGAGCUCACAGGAGAGCUUACGAACACUCGAGAUCAUCAAUCCUACCGAGAGACUCAGCCGGGCCGGUCUCUGUCGGAUCCUCCAGGAGGCUACCAGCCCGGAUCUAGAAUCCUUGAGAAUCGAGGUCGAGACCUGGUGGCACCCUAUUGAACGCACCUAUGCACGCACCUACGGCUCUGAAAGCCUAGGAUCGAUGGUUGAAAGAUUGUAUGAUGACGGCUCGGAUGGUCAAGGUUCUCGUGUAGAAGGAUCGUAUGAUGAAGGCCUUGCAGGUGGCGAAGGUCUUGACAAUCUAGAAGGAUCUGUUGUUGAAGAGCUUGGCGACGAAGGCCCCGAUGUUGAAGAGGGAGCUGAGGGAUCCGAUGGCGAAGGGUUAGAUCCCGAAGACUCGGACGACCCGGCCAUCAACCCAAACUUAUUGGAUAUCGUCUUCAGCUCACAGAAGGCCUUACGAAAGCUCAAGUGUUUGUCAUUCACCGGCGAAUUGGCCAGCCCCAUGUUCUUCGACCUCUUGCCCCAAUCACUCGUCAAACUUGCUUGGGAGCAUUGUAAUAUGGAGCCAACAGUCCUCGCUGACAGACUCUCUAGCCCAAUCGAAAGCGAACACUCUUUGCCGCAUCUGUUGUGUUGUUCAGUUCGAAUUCGUUAUUGUUGGAACGAGGCCGAUCGACAGACGAUCCAAAGAGUAUUAAAAGCCCGAGGAGGAUGUCUUCAUCAAAGCAUCGAUGAUAGCUAUGGGCAAGCGGAGACUGAGAGUCAAGAGGAGCGGGAAGCACUUGAAUCCGAGUCGAUAGAUCACAAGAUCGCUCGUACUUCUUCCCACUUUUAUCACGACAGAAGAGAUGUUUGGGACGGGUAAACUCAUCUAUAGUAUGCGCACUUAUUUGCUGUAUAACUCUCUUCACAGACUUCUCUCCCUUUCCCCUUUCUUGAAGAAGAGUACUCUAUUAAAUUUGACCUAGAGUUGGUUCGCUAUCAAUCUUGAAUUCCCUUCCCCCCAUGGCAUUUUUUUCUUGUUUAGAAAGCUUUAUAGACCUCUACCAUCCUUAAUCACCCCUAGCAUAGCAAGCGUGUCGUCUUCAACUAAAUCAAUCACUGUUUGUUGAAUUGUUGAAACAUUGCCAGUAGUUGACUAUAAUUACUGUCAACUGAAGUAUCCACCCCACCCCAAACUUCUCAGUCGUUUGCGCGACCAGCAGACAAAGUACAGGCAAGCUAGGGCAAUCAACCUCAAGAGUCAAGACC